AUUAAAAAACACCGGUUUGUGAAUAAGUAACUAAAUCAAAAUUCCUUGAGUUCAAAAUUAGAGGACAAAAUUUGUUUUAUCAUUGUUACCUUGGCAAAACGUACCUUUAAUUAAAUAAAGAAAUAUAUUUCGUGUUAUAUUAGAAAAAUUUUCCAAGAAAUUGAUCAAAAAUGGGUGACAGAAGUUCAAUUAUAGACAAUGGUCGACAUUAUCGUAAUGAAUUUCCAGAUUUUUCGAUAAAAAGUGCAGCGUCAAUAAUUGACGUCGAUAAACACGAACUUCAAGAUAAUUUCAAAGAAAAAUUGUCCGAACAGACAAAAAAUUUAAUUCAAAAAUUAGAGAAGAAUAAAAUAAAAUGGCACACAAUAGACGAUCAAUCGAUUUACACAGGAUUAAGUGGAAUCGCAAUGAUGUUUGAUCAUUAUGGAAAAUAUUUUGAUGAUCCAACUUAUAUUUCUAAAGCAGCAGAAAUGGUUCACAGUUGUGUUUCUAAAUUAAAUUCAAGAAGACAAGUAACUUUCUUAAUUGGAAGUGCUGGACCAUUAUCAUUGGGAGCUGUACUUUAUGAUAAUAUCGAUAAAGAAGAAUCUCGAGCAAUGAUUUUAAAGUUGAAAUCAUUGUCGGACUAUGUUUUGGAAGAGAAUGAAUAUUUACCGGAUGAAUUGCUGUAUGGGAGAGCUGGAUAUUUAUUUUGUCUUUUGUUUGUGAACAAAAAUAUAACACCCUCGCCGUUUGAUGAUUCUCUCAUUAAACAGGUGGUACAAUCUAUUUUGAAGUCUGGUAAAGUUUAUUCGACACAAAAUUCAUGUAAAUCACCAUUAAUGUACGUUUGGCAUGAUACUGAAUAUCUUGGAGGAGCUCAUGGAUUGGGAGGAAUUUUAUAUUUAUUAUUACAAGCUCGCGAAUAUUUAACAGAAAGCGAAUUGAAAAACGAAAUUGAACCAUCUUUAAAAUUUCUUCAAAAAUUGAAGUUUCCCUCUGGUAAUUUUCCUUCUUCGUUAGGAAAAGAAUCUGAUAAAUUAAUUCAUUGGUGUCAUGGCGCUCCUUCAAUGACAAUGUUAUUUUCCUUAGCCUACAAGAUUUACGGUAACGAGGAUUAUCGUCAAACUGCUGUCGAAUGCGGAGAAGUGAUAUGGAAUCGGGGACUGAUAAAAAAAGGUUGUGGAAUAUGUCACGGCGUUGCAGGAAAUGCAUAUACAUUUUUAAAUCUUUAUCAAGAAACUAAGGACGUAAAAUAUUUAUACAGAGCGUGUAAGUUCGCAGAGUGGUGUUUUGAUCACGAGGCGCAUCAAAUCAAAAAUCCUGAUCGUCCUUUCUCACUUUUUGAAGGAUUGGCUGGAACAAUCUACUUUCUUAUUGAUUUACAAAAGCCAUUGCUUGCUAAAUUCCCUGGUUUUACAUUAUAAAAAACUCAUUAAUUUUAAAAACAAUAAUUUUUAAAAUUCUCCAACAAUUUUAUUUAAAAAAUUUUAUUUUAUUUUUAAAGUAAAUAAAAUUUAAUCUCA